CUCCGGAGUAUGUCGGAAAAGGACAAAAAUCAGAGAAAUUAUAGACCUUUAUCGUUAUCCAGUCUAUUCGUGUUCAUCCUUUUGAAUGGUGGUUUUAUCAAGAAGAACGAAAAAACGAUUUAAGCUUGUCUUGUGAUAAACGUACUUCAGCAUUAUUUGAACGCUCAUGAAAUGUAUCACAAUUUUCACCAAGAGGACAACAAUGGCGCCUUAUGUUUGCAUACAUUAUCUAUCUACAUUCAUCGUGUUUAUUGCCCCUUCGGUAACAGCUGUGCCGUUUUCAGAUAUCGGGGGGUAUUACUCUGUUCCGAAGUUGAACCCGGAGGCCUACGUAGUUGUCGGAGAUAUCAACAUAGGCUUCAUCACAAGCGUAUAUAAAUUUUCCAGUGACUCCAAUAAGUGUGACGACUUCGCUGCAGAUCUGAGGGCGAUGCAAAGGAUAGAGGCGAUAUCGUUCGCUGUGAAUAAGGUCAAUGCGGAUAACACAAUCCUGCCAAACGUCACCCUGGGGUUUGUCAUUCUAGACAGCUGUCAGUCUACCGUCACGUCCCUCGCCCAGGCCUUGUCGUUUUUCCCACGUACGUACGUCAGCUGUUACAAAGACACCUGCAGCUCAGCACCGUCUUCCUCGCCACCGUUGUCCGACCAGACAUUCGAUGACGCAAUCAGACACUAUGACGUCAUCGGCGUCAUUGGGCCGGGGAGUAGUUCGCAAGUCAUCCCCAUUUCCCAGCUGUACUCACCUAUCCAGCUUCCAAUACUGUCCUUUAGAGCCACAAGCGAUGAACUGAGCGACACGAGUUCUCACCCCUUUUUUGUGAGAGUGGUGCCGCCUGAUAAGUAUCAAGUGGACGCGAUGAUAAGUUUUAUCUAUGAUCGGAGAUGGUCGUACAUUUCUGUGGUCUAUAUAAGGGGAUCUUACGGAGAAACAGCGUUUAGCAAUAUAAAAGUAGCCACCGAAGAGAAAGGAAUGUGCAUUGCUACGUCUCACAAAGUCAGCACAAAUUGGGAUAUGCACCUCGUAGCUGAAGACCUUCUGAGGUACCCUCGCUCUCGUGUGGUCAUCUUAUUCAUUACCAGCUCCAUGGUGCUCCAGCUGUGCAAGGCAGUGCAGUCUCUAAACGCCGCAGGUCACUUUAUCUGGGUCGCGAGUGACGCGUGGGCGUCUGCAGCAGUGUCUUUGACCAGUGUCUUGGAAGAGAUUGCCGGGUCUCUAACUUUUUCUUACUUCUCCACCUCAGUUCCCGGAUUUCCCGAAUAUUUCCGGAACAUAGAUCCAAACAAUACCCGAAACCCGUGGAUGAAACGGGCUUACGAAAUGGCAGCGGGGUGUAAUGGUAACAGCUCGUGUGACUAUGGUCGAGAUUUUACUCGCUUUGACAGUUUUGUCCAUAUAGAAGAAGUUUCUAACAUCGCCGAUGCGGUUCUGGCUUAUGCUCAUGGCGCUCACAGCCUUCUCGCUGACCUUUGCCCCGGGACCACCGGAACAGCGGCCAGGAACUGUAUCACGGGAGAAAGAUAUCUCAGGUAUUUUCAUCGACAUUGUAAGGUUAUUCAAAAAGUCUACUGUAUAAAAUUCAACGCGGCAUUGUCAUGGUACCUCAAGAAUAUCUCCUUCACUGGCUACACGGGCCUUAUCCAUUUUGAUGAAAACGGAGAUCAAAUCGGAAGAUACGAAAUAAAACAAAUCCUGCCCGAACUGGUAAGCGACACAGUCGGCAACGAAAACUCCUCAAACAGAAAUUUCACUGGAAAACUGCGAGAAGUUCCAGUAGGAAUCUACAACAUACGAAAAAGGGAGAUUAUGUAUUCGGAGGGCAUAGCGCUCUCAUGGGAGUACUUUGCUGUCAAGGAUCGCAUCAGAUCUUUGCACCAGGAAAACUCUCCUGAAAUGCCCGAGUCAGUGUGCAGCCGCCUGUGUGAUCUAGGGGAGUUUAAAAUCCAGAAAGAGCUCGAGUGCUGCUGGGAGUGCAGAAGAUGCCGAGAGAACGAGAAGCUCAUCAACGAUCUUACAGAAUGCCAAGAAUGCCCACAGUUCACCUGGCCUGACCCAUCAAUGAAUAUGACUACCUGCAUUGCAAUCCCUCUGACAUUCCCACGACCAGAUGACACCUUAAACCUUAUCUUCAUAAUUUUGGGCGUGAUGGCUAGUAUCUGUACAAUCCUUGCAAUAGGAGCGUAUGUUUACCUUCGAGACGUACGCGUUGUCAAGGCAGCUAGUCGUGAACUCAGCUUCCUUCAGCUCCUCGCCAUAUUGGUUGGCUACGUCACUGUCAUCAUCUUCCAAAGCACGCCCACAGACAGUACCUGCAGCGCCCUCUAUUUCCUGUUCUGUCUGAGCUUUACGUGGCUUUACUCCCCUUUACUGGUGAAGGCCGUGAGAAUCUAUAGGAUAUUCCAGAGCAGCACUAAGUACAAUAGAAGACCUCGUUUUGUUAGUCCCAAGUCACAGCUCAUCAUGUCAGCUUUACUGAUUGCCGUGCAGGUAAGUUUGGAAAUGUCGUGCUAUGCUGGGUCACUUAGAAAAAAAUAA